AUGAACAACUUCCCGCAGAGAGACUACGCGGACGUCUCGGAGCGCAGCGAGCUCGUGCGCCAGACCUCGCUCGCGGUCGCGAACGCUCAGAGCCCGCCCGGCGAGUGCUUCGUGUUCGGCACCGGCGAUAACGGCCAGCUCGGCAUGGGCGAGGACGUGGUGGAGCUCGCGCGACCGAGACUGCUCGACACCAUCCCGGGCGUCAACGCCGCAUCCGUGAUCAAGAUAUGCUGCGGCGGGAUGCACACCCUCGCCGUGUGCCAGGGCGGGCUGAUGUACUCCUGGGGGGUCAACGACGAAGGCGCGCUCGGCCGAGUGACGAGGAAAGGCGCCGCGGACGAGGAGUCCAAGCCGGGCCUGGUGACGCUCCCGUCAAACGCCGGCGGCGUGGUGGACGUCAGCACGGGGGACUCGCACGUCGCCGUCGUCACCUCCACCGGCGCCAUCGUGGCGUGGGGCUGCUUUCGGAACUCCAGCGGCCAGUGGGCGUUCACCGCGGGGGAGAAGAUCUGCAAAACGCCGACGGUGGUGUACUCGCCGGACGGCUCGCAGGGAUCCUACGCGACAAACGUCGCGUCCGGGACGGAUCACGUGCUGGCGCUGACGCGUCGCGGCGACGUCUACUCGUGGGGAUGUCCCGAGAAGGGCAGGCUCGGGCGGGUGAAUGCGGAUUUAGCGGACGACGCCGAGGCGCGGGGGCCGGAGAAAACGAAACCGCUCGUCACCCCGGCGAAAGUGCCGAACAUAACGGCCGUCGUGACCGCCGUCGUGGCGGGCGAUAACCACUCGUUCGCCAUCUGCGCCGGCGACGACGUCGUGUACGCGUGGGGGCUCAACUCGUACGGCCAGACGGGUUUGCCGUACGACCCCGCGAAUCCGGGGUCGACGCAGACGAGUUAUUUUCCCGUCGCCGUUCCGUCGCUGCGAGGGCUCGGGAUCGCGAGCGGCGACGGCGGCUCGACGCACACGACGAUGCUCACGAGGGACGGGAAGGUGUACACGUUCGGGCGGCCCGCGUACGGCAGGUUGGGUCAGCUCGGGAUCGACCCGCGAGACGACGAACCGAAACCCACGCCCGGGUUGGUGCACGGGCUGGACGGAUCCAAGGUUAAGAUUGUCUCCGUCGCCGCCGGCGGCUCCGGGAGCAACGCGGCGGUCACCGCGGACGGCGAGGCGUACGUCUGGGGGUACGGCAUGGAGGGAAACCUGGGCCGCGGGGACGACUGCGACGACGCGCACGUCCCCGAGCGGCUCGUGCCGACGAGGGCGAUGGCGGGGAAGAAAAUCGUCGCGGUUUCGUUCGGGGGUCAGCACACGGCGGCGCUGUGCGUCGGAGGGCAAAACGGGGACGGUUCGCCCGGGGGCAAGCGCGCGCGGACGUGA